CAGGUGUUGCCUGGAUACAACGCAACAAAUGCGGACCCUGACACAUCUGUGUGUAACCUGGAAAGCGUUAACGCUAGCUACAGUAAAAGUUUACUUUGUCAACUGUUGUAUUUGGCAGUAGUAUUUUCGUUUCUUUCAUUUCUAGGUUAUAUAUCGAAUACAAAUGGCAUCGGUGGUUCAGUACGGCCGACGAAGAGGCUCCAGUAAGAGAGUGUCUUCAGCUGAGGAAGCCAGCAGGAUGAUCCAGCCACCAGACCUCCGACAAGUCACUGUCUUAACCAAGGCUGAAUGGCUGAGGAUUCAAGAUGAACUGAACCAGGUUAAUAAAGACAAGGAGAGUAUGAGAGAGGCAGCUAAACAGAGAGAGGCCCUGCACUUGCAAUCCAAAGAGGUGGUGAAACUGUGGUCCAAUACCAUCGCUGGUCAAAGGCAAAAAAAGCUUGAGGCAAAGCAGAUUCGGGAGCAGAUUGAGGAGGAGAAAAGGAAAUUGACUGAUAAAGAAGAGGCCAAAUAUCAGGAGCAGAAGCGGAAAGAGGCCAUUGAGAAAGCCAAGACACAGCUGUAUUAUCAAACCGACCAUGUUAAAGGAUUACAUCGUGCGCUCUUGCUGACAGAGGUGUUGAAGGAGAGGGAGGCUCAGAUUGAACUGAAGCAAAGAAUCAAGAGUGCCUCUAAAGAUGUGGACAAAGAAUUCAUGGAUAUGGUAAAGACCAGAGAGGACGAAGCCUUGAGACAGGAGCAGGAGAAAGCACUUCAGAAAAAGCUUGAGAGACAGGCUAUUGCAGAGGACCUGAAAAACCAGAUCAAGGAAAAUAAGCUAGUGAGAGAGCAACAGAAGAUAGAGAACAAGAAGGAUGGAGAGGAAACCCAACGCCUUCAUGAGCUCUAUCAGUGGGGGCAAAGAAUGGAGGAAGAAAGACAAGCACAGCAGAAGAGAAACCUUAUGCAAGCUCACCUGGAACAUCUCACCAAUAGGGACCUCAUAAGAGCGACAGAUGCACAAAAACAGGAGGCCAAAGAGGAGCAAAGGAAACUUUUUCUCUCUGCAAAACAAAAAAUGAUGAAGUUACGGAAAGACAAAGAAAGAGAAUUGUUUAGAGAGGCCCAGCUGCGCAGAGAGAAGAUCAUGAACAAACUGACAAUCACACAGCAGGAGCAAACUGUCAGUGAGGAGCAGCGGAUCACAAAGGCUGUCGCUGAGCAGGAUGCAAAACAGGCUCAAAAGCAGUGGGAGGAGGAGGAGAGGAGGGCUAAUAUGCUGAAGUCGAUCGCUGCACACAGAGAAGUCAUGAGACAAGAAAAGGAGCAGAGGGACAAAAUGGCAAAGCAGAACACCCGAGAAACACUUCUGGCCAAGAUAGAGGCUGACAGAAUAUUUUCUGAGAAACAACAACUGAAGGCUCAGAAGAUCAAAGAAGAUGGAAGAAAAAUACAAGACUUCAAUGCCACACAAAUGGCUGAAAAAAGUGCCAGGCAUCAGCAGCUGAGGAGAGAAGAGCACGAGUUUGAAGCGAAGAACACAGAGCUCACUGCUGAAGAGGAAAACCAGUUUCAGCAGUAUUCACAGCACAUCAUCAACGCAGCGGCGGAGGCUCAGCGAAAUGUGUUUCCUCUUUGCAAAGCUGCAAGGGAAGGGAUCGGAGGAGGGCUUGGUCCCGCUUCUAGUGCAGUCAGGCCUCGCUACCUCGUUAAGGACAGUACUGGUGCUCAAAUGCCCAAAUACGUCUCUGGUGCCACCCAGAACAUUAAAAAGCUUCAUGAGGCUGUAGAUAUUCAUGAAGCAAAGAGGAGACUUGGAUUUACAUGGUGAUAGGCAAAUUUGGUUCCAAGAAUGUUCCCCUAAAUUUGCCAUCUUUGAAGAUACUGAAUGUUUUAAUAACAGCCUUAAAAUAUUUUUACAAAGGCUGUCCGAAAUCACUCCCUCAGUCACUACUCCGUAUAUAAUAGACACUCAAUAGUUUGCUCUAUUGUCAAUCGUAAAUUGGAAUUGGAACCACAUACAGGUGUAGUGCUGCACGACUUUCAUAUUUUAUAAAAUAUGAUGCAUUGCAUUGUGGGAUUAAAAUAGUGUACAUGGGGAAUCUUGGUGGCCUAGGUGCUUAAGACAAGGACCUAAACUGCAACAUCCCCAGUUCAUGUGCAGCCAGGAACCUGUCGUCCCCAUCUCUCUCCCUCACUUGCUGUCGUCACUUAUAAAAGGCAUAAAAUUGCCUCCAAUAUACUUUCCAUGCCAUGGAGUCUACUUUUUUAGUCCCAUUGUUGAAAUUUUUGACAGCACUAUAUAGUACAUAGUUUUUUUACACUAUAUAGUAAAUAAGGAGUGAUUUUGGACACAAAACUUCUGCAGGGAUGUUCUACAGUGUUCGUUACGUACAGUAAUAUGUGCUUUAGACAACGUUCUCACGACGAUUCUCUGAAGGUUUUAGGUCUACAAUUUAUUACAAACUUCUGUAAUGUUCCUCACAUUCUGUAGAGAAACUUGUCAACAUUGUGAGAACGUUGCAGUGAGGGCAUAACACAGACAAAAUAGUUUGAAAUUAAUCACGCAAAAUGUUCUGUGAACGUUGUAUGUGAACUUCCCCUAGCAGAGAAGAUGACUCAUCCAGGAUAAAAAUAUGGACUCUAGUUGACACUGAACCGAGCGAUUAAUCACCACUGCAGUUAUUGAACCUGACACUGGAUGACAAAAUGUUAACAGCACAGUGUAAAUUUCCUGUAACUGUUAAUUACCGUAAUUUUGGAUGCUAAUAAUGUUUGGGCCUCCAAUAGAUAUUGUUUGUGACAGCAUUUACAGAAUAUUAAAACAAUUGAUUAAAAUCCAAGUUUGAGCCUUUUA